AUGCAAUCAUACAUGGGCAUUCAGAGCGGCCUCGAAGCUGUCGUGGCAUCCGGGGGGCGCAGCUGGCUCUUUAACUGUAACAUAACAGUAACCUGCCCGGUUCCCGAUGACUCACUCAUCUUCGAGCUCUGUCGCACCGGUCAGACCCGUGCUGUCGAAACGCUUCUGGAGAAGGGAAUGGCAAGCGUAGUAGACACGAGCCCCAAAGGAUGGAAGCCACUGCACUUUGCCGCCGCAGCAGGUCACGUCGAGCUUUGCGCUUUGUUGAUUAAGGGAGGGGCAGACAAGUCUGCACUGGUGUAUGAAGGACCUUCUGAUGCGAUCUUAUCGCCCAUAUCGCUUUUCGUCGCAUUUUGUACCGAUGAGCACGCUGAUAUCAAGAUCGCGAUGCUCAGACUCUUCUGCGAAUGCAUUGACAUCGCCGACGCCGACAGUGAUGGCUGGACUGUACACGACUGGCUCAAGAGAGCGUAUGCGAGAGAACGAGUUCCUAUUUCGCGAAACAGUAUUACAUGGCUACUUCACCUUACCGUGAAUGAACAAUACGUCGAAUUUAGCGUGCGCACUGCUUGGUCCGCCCUGCAACACGCCAUGAGAUCUGUUCUCAACCAUGCGCAUCACAACAACUACCUCGAGCACAUUCUCAGUCUUUCUAGCGAAGAGCGUCUGGACAUCAGCAAGAGACACCUACAUGCUAUGGGCUCUUGGCUUGCUCUACGUGUAAUCGGUCGAGUGGUCCUACCAAUGGCAGUGAACGCCGGCUCGUUUCUGCAAAUGAGGGGCUUUGAUUGGAUGGAGGACGUCCUCACACAUAAGGAAUACCUGAAGGCACUGCCUAGUAUCUACUCAGCUUGGUGUAACGCAGUGUUGGACUGCAUUGAGCAGUUGAAAGUGUACAUGCGCGAAGAGCUCGAUGACUGUCUACGCCAAAUGAGCAUGACACGAAGGACCUUCGUCCGUGUGCUGACUCAGUCCACGGAUAUCCCUCACGGCGCUGAAAAGUCAUCAAGAACUGCAUGCACUCACUGCGGAGACGACUAUGGUCCAUUUGCUGGCGGACUGGUCGAACCUGCGCGCAUAGCCGUCACAGAAUGCGUUAAGUCCGGUCACAACUCGAACUGUGUCUGCCACACGAUUCAUAAAGACUCGACGAUUUCAGAAGAGCUUCAGGACUAUACCGGAAUGCUUCAAACGGAGGAUACCAACGAUUAUACGCAAUUGGAUGAGGAGUUCUUCGACGCCCAGCCGCACGCUUUCAACGAUACCGACCUCCAAAACAAUCCUACAUCAAACAUGUUCACCGAUAUAGCGACUUUGCUUUACAGUGCUCAAGGCCGGAUCUGGCUCGGUGAGCACUCAAUAGGGGAGCGCCUGUGCUCGACCUGCCUGCUACUCAAGGAGAAGUACAUUGGCGAAGAUGGCCUGUCUGCUGACUUUCCACCUAUGCCGAGAAGUUUCGAAGGCCUGCGCGUGAAGUGGUGA